AUAAAAGCGGUUGGUCUCUUAUUUAACAUAGCCGACAGGCGGACAGUGCUCAGUCGACCACCGACCGUAACAGAGUAUUCGCAUUUCAUAGGUAGCCUCGCGUCGUUGACGACUGUGUUGAAGAAGCUUCGACGCGUUGUGAACAGUGACUGUUGCCUCCGAUCAUGACCCUCUUGAUCUUCACGCUUGGACCACUUUUCUUCUCGAGCCUCGUCUACGGUAACUUCAGCUACGAUGGAGACGAUGGCCCGUCGCACUGGGGCGACAAGUACAAGACCUGUUUGGGGAAAUACCAGUCCCCCAUCGACAUUGAAGUGAACGACGUUCAGCCCGCCAGCUUUCCACCUGUAGAAUUUUCUAAUGUCCAGAGUCCUCAUAAGGCUAAUAUGACGAACAAUGGGCACACAGUGAUGAUCCAGAUCGUGGAUACAGACGUGCCCACGGUAUCAGGAGGGCCGCUCAACGGUUCGUACGUCUUUCAACAAUUGCAUUUCCACUGGGGCCAAAACGACAAGAUCGGAUCCGAGGAUCUCAUCAACAAUAAAUCAUUCUCGAUGGAACUUCACGCUGUGUUCUGGAAGAAGUCGUACGAGAGCUCGGAGGAGGCGAUGAAACAUCCCGAUGGACUCACCGUCCUAGCAUAUUUGUACGAGAGCAAGGACGAGCCGAAUCCGAUUUUCGAGCCGAUCGUGUCCCAAAUAUCGCAAAUAACGUCGACCGGCAGUAUCGCGACGAUAGACGAUCCUAACGUCUUGAGCAAAUUGGUCGCACCUGACAUCGUAUCUGCACAAAAUUAUUACACGUACAGAGGAUCGUUGACGACCCCACCUUGCCUCGAGAUCGUCCAAUGGAUCGACUUCAUAGAUCCACUGUCCAUAUCCCACGAGCAGCUGGAGGUUUUCCGCGGUAUUCAAUCAUCGGAGGGCGCGAAUUUAACGCACAACUUCCGACCGGUGCAACCAUUAAACGAUAGAACGAUUUAUUAUAACAGUAUUAGUGGCAACACGGAGACAAAGCCGACAAGUGCUUCAGCGACUUCUACGACUUCUACAACCACUACUACGGCGGUUCCUACGGAAGCAAAAGGCACGACUGGAACAACAAAUGCGCCAACCACAGUGUCGAUUACUCCUACGAACAAAAACGGAAGUCAACAUUCUGGACAAGAAAGAAUAUGGAUGACUUCGCCUCUCGCGAUGCUAUUUGGAAUCGUUCUCCUUCUGCCAUACCAAUAAUCUUGACUACAAUGGAAGAUCUAGUCAAUUACUUUAACUAUAUAUAUAUAUCUAUACAAUUUAAACUAAGGGAUAAACAAGUUUUAUGUAAGUAUUUGCGUAAUACGUUUCGUUACAGAAAGGGUAUUAUUUAUAUUCUCAGAGGCAUUCGUAUUUAAACAAAAUGUUUGUGACAUUUCAUCGAAUGAAUAUCAUCUCAAGGCUAUGCAAUUAUAGGAUAUAUAUUAUAUACAUAUAUACUACUACUAAUUAAGUGUAAGAUUACUUUAGAUAUUGUAUAUAUGUACACUUUAGAAGAGUUGAUUAUUAUAUUGACUGAUUGUAAGGACCAGUUACACAAGAUUGUUAAAUUACAAUCUUUUCUAAAAGGUUAAGCCAUACGUUUUUUUUCUGAAUGAAGAAAGCAAAAUCACUCUAGGAAAUAGAGUCCGCGAUAUUGGCAUGCGUUUGUCUAACAGUUCCUACGGCUGCCAUAAUGAUUUAUUGUAUUUAAUCGAUAGCGAAUAA